UACAUGUUCAGACUUUCAUUGGGCACGCAUAGCAACAUGCGUCUGGGGGUGGGUCAGAGCCCGAGGUUGUUAACCGAGGUAAUUAAUGGGAGUGUGUGCUGUGGCUGUCGGCGGAUGGUCGAGCUCCCCAUUCGUGAGAAUCGGAGCUAUUUUUUCAGGUGAGCGGUAUGUGCUAUCUGGUCUUCCCAAUCCCCGGGAUGGAGAUGGAAGUUCUCAGAAAUGUUCCGCUGGCCGGGCCAUGCGAUAGAGUAUGCAAAAAACGCCGGCCGGUUUGGCAGUUUCUGUCGAACGUUCCAGCGUGCCGGUUGAGCGUUUAGUGAUGGAUCCUGGGUACGUUCUGAUAGACGAGCACGGCUCGGUGGAGGAGAUGAUUCGGCUCAUCUCGAAGCGGGCCACGAUCAGUGAACCGUUGAACGUACUCAAUCUGGAUGACAUCGUGGCCAAGCAUCGGCAUUGGCAGCGAAAGCUCCCGACCGUGGCACCCUUCUACGCGGUGAAGUGUAAUAGUCAUCCGGCCAUUCUACGGCUGCUUGUGGCGCUUGGUUGCGGGUUUGACUGUGCAUCGAAGGCCGAACUGGAAACCGUAAUUGGGUUGGGCGCAACGACGGACCGUAUCGUGUACGCCAAUCCUAACAAAUCCAUCGGAUCGAUACUGUACGCAAAGCAGGCGGCUGUAAAGCGGAUGACGUUCGAUGGGUCGGAUGAAUUGGACAAGAUUGCAAAGCACUUCCCGGAAGCUGAGCUCAUACUAAGGAUUCGGUACGAUGCACGUGUGGCACAGCUGUCUCUUGGCCGAAAGUUUGGUUGUGAUCCGAACCGGGAUGCAAAGCCACUAUUGGAGCAUGCAAAAUCACUGGGACUACGUGUGAUUGGUGUCAGUUUCCACGUGGGUUCGGGCAGUAUGGACGCUGAGUGUUUUUAUGGCGGCAUCAGGAAGGCGAUCGAAAUCUUCGACAUGGGCAGAUCGAUGGGCGUAGAGAUGCACUUGCUGGACAUCGGAGGAGGUUAUCCUGGAGCGAACAUGGAGCAUUUCGAUCUGUGCACCCAUCACAUCAACAAAGCGCUGGAGAAGUUUGUCCACCCAAGGCAAGGCACGAAGGUGACUGUAAUAGCUGAGCCUGGUCGAUAUUACGUAGAGUCGGCAGUUACCGCACUGGUGAACGUGGUGGCCAAAUCGUACGAAAAGGACCACACCGGUGCGAUAUACCGCAUCAGGUACUACGUGGAUGACGGGCUGUACGAUACCUUUGACUGGUGUGACGCGCACACCAAUACGCCCGUGGUGCAGGAGGAUAAACGUGACUCGGCGUGCGUACGAUCGGUGAUCUACGGGCGUACCAUGUGCGAGCAUGAUGUAAUUCGGGAGGAAAUUUUCUUGCCCGAGCAUGAGAUUGGCGAUUGUCUGAUUUUUCCCAACAAAGGCGCUUACGGAAAGCUACUGGGCAGGGGACAUAAUGGGUUCAGUCCGACUGGUGUGAAGGUGUGCCUAACGAGGGCGACGCUCAAUUAUAUGUGUGCGGUAGCGGUUAAGGCAGCGCGCGGAUGAGCAACAGUACUAGUUUAAUUGAAAGCAGCAGGCAUCAAUCACUGAUGGGUGGCCAGUGGACAGGUAGAUUUAAAUAUUGUUACGAGAAUAAAAGUAAGUGAUGUAACAAUGCGCCGCAUAGAAUCAGUCCGUUUUCUGUUUUUGUACUGCUAAACGGUAAGCAAUA